GCUGGCAGAAACAUGUGACCCAGCAAGUCAAAGAGCUGUUUUGCAACCACUGGUGAUCAUUAUCAACAGUCAAGAAUGUUCUACAGCGAACUUGGCUUUAAGGUUAAAUAAAACAACAGCACCACAGCUCAUAAACUCAUAAGAGGUGCUAUGGCUUCCUUGACAAAAGACGAAAGGGAACGAGAUGAUCUUGUGAAACACGCCGGAGGUUGUCACUGCGGGGCAGUGCGUUUUGAGGUUUACAGCACCCAAGAUUUACACGUGUUCAAUUGCAAUUGCAGUAUUUGCACAAAGAAACAGAACAGACACUUCAUAGUGCCAAAAUCCCAGUUUACCUUGGUGCAGGGAUCCGAUAACCUAACCACAUACACAUUUAACACACACAUGGCCAAGCACACGUUCUGCAAAACAUGUGGUGUCCAAAGUUUCUAUACACCACGAUCUAACCCUGAUGGAUUUGGUGUGGCACCCCAUUGUUUGGAUCCUGGAACAGCGAGAAGUGUAACAGUGGAGGAGUUCUGUGGAGAAAAUUGGGAGGAAAGCAUGGAGAAGCAUCAAACUAUUAGGAGCAUGUCAAAACCAACAUAACUGUAACUGUAACUGUAAGUGUUAACUUCAUUUGAGUUAUUUCUUGAGAUUUUCGUACUGCCAUUUCAACCAAGUGACCUAGAAUGUGAACUCCUAAUUUUUAAUAAAACACGAAAACGUAUUGCACA